AUGGCACCCCCGCACAGUUUACGCAGCCGCAGACUAGCACGAGCAGGACAAGCUGUCACGCAGCGCACUGGAGACGCGCAGCCUCACCACACUGCAUCUCUUAUCGACAGCAUGGACUUGCGCGUUGACAUUGUUCGUCGUGGCGGUUGCGCAACCUGCGAAGCGCGAGGCCUUGGCUGCGACGAGGCGCUGCCCGCCUGCAAUGCCUGUCGGCUCGCACAGCUGCCAUGUCCUGGCUACGCGGUGCAUAUUCAGUGGCCUACAGAGCUCCUCGACGUCACACCCACUGCUCGUCCCCUCCCUAGGCCCGCUGCCUUCUCGUCCUUCGGUCUACCGUCCAAGGAAGACGGACUGGUUCUUCACUUUAUGAAAAACGUUGCCAGAUUCGCCCUCGCCAUCGACUACCACGGCAAUGGCUAUCGCAAGUUUGCAACACUGGCCCUGCAUGAUCCCAUGAUCCUUGAUGCCGUGCUCGCCGUCGCCCGCUCGCAUCUCAGCCGCUGGCAUGGCACUGUCGACGUCGAGUCGCGAUUCUAUCUGAAAAAGGCCAUCGGCCAGCUACAGCAGCGCUUCCGCAGCCCGCAUCUCCUCAAGAGUGAGACGACUGUUGUUGCCAUGCUGCUGUUGGCUACCUAUGAAGUCUUCAACGGCUCUUCCAAGUGGAAGCACCACUACCAUGCCAUCGCUGGCUGGACACAGGCCUUCUCGGCCGCCGUCGACCUCGACCCCUUUCUAAAGACGUGGAUCACCCUCCUCGACACACAAUCCGGUCUGAACUGCGGCACUGCCCUCAUCCCCCAGGUCGCCGCCUGGACAGCGCCUUCUCCUGCACGGCCAUCAACAACCUCUGCCAUUGAUCCAUUCCUGGGCUGCUCAGUUCAUCUGCCACAUCUUAUGCUCCAAGGAGCCCAGCUCUACCAGCGGGUCAGCGCAGAUGCCGUCUCGUCGGAAGAGCUAGAACAGCGCAUCGACUCUCUCCAGGCGCAGAUACGUGCUUGUGAAAUAGUACCCUCAGACAGAGAUCCUCCCUUUUUUGCUAUCACGUGCUACAAUGGGGUGGAAGCCGUCACCGCCAUGGACGAGUUCACCCAACACAACUAUAUGAACAAAGCCAUUGCAACUGCUGAGAUCUUCCGCCACGCCACCCACGUUUAUGUGCAUCGCAUCAGAGGUGAUGCAAUGCAAGCUCGCGACGAAAUCCAGCAGUCUGUCAACGCCGUCUUCUCUUGGCUCGCUCAAGUACCUGACGCAGUUGGUCCUGGGGCCAAUGUCGGCUGGGCGCUUGUAGUCAUAGGCACUGAGCUCGAUGAUGAAGAGAGACGCGAGUACAUUAGAUGCCGUUGGAAAGCGCUGCAGGUUCUUGGCAUAGGCAACACAGAAGCAGCCGCGAGGUUAUUGGAAGAGGUGUGGAGCAAGCGAGACGUAGCAAGACUCUUCAACGAGCCAAUGCCUCGCUGGCAAGACGUGAUGCGCAGCUCCGGUGCAGACCAGAUCCUGAUCUGA